CACUAAUAACAAACCAAAAGUCUAAAAACAAGAAGCCAUUGGUCAACUACCUUCUUCUCCAUCUCUAUUUAUACUGAUUCAAGGAUGGGUGGUUGAAUCCUUCCACCAUUGACGUCCUUGAAGUCUUCUCCUUCUAGAUCUCUUCUUCUCAAUUGCUAAUACUGGUUUCAUGUGUUAGUGUUUGUGGUUUUCAUUUGAGAAGGUGAAAGUGAGAGAGAUGGUGAGGAAGAGGCUUGGGAAUUACUAUGCAAAGGAGGCAGUGGAGUUCUUGAAUCAUGUGAUUAGAGAUAAGCCAUUGCUGCCCUUCUUAGUGCCUCUUGGAUUGUUUGCUUGGGCUAUUGAGCGCUGGCUUGUGCCUUUCUCUAAUUGGGUGCCCCUUGCUUUUGCCGUCUGGGCUACAAUUCAGUAUGGGAGGUAUCAGCGCAGAUUGCUUGUGGAAGGUUUGAACAGUAGAUGGAGGCAGCUCAUAAUGAAUACAUCGCCUACAACGCCAUUGGAACCUUGUGCAUGGUUGAACAAGCUCUCAAUGGAAGUCUGGUCGAAUUUCAUGGAACCCAGAAUUUCAAAACGGCUUUCGGCACUUGUUGAGAGGCGAUUGAAACAUCGAAAACCAAAGCUUCUUGAAAGAAUAGAAUUGCAAGAAUUCUCACUUGGGUCCUGCCCUCCCAGCUUGGGACAAAAUGGUGUACACUGGAUUACUUCAGGUGACCAGCAAGUUAUGCGGCUUGGUUUUGAAUGGAACACUAAUGACAUGAGUGUAAUGCUGCUGGCAAAGUUGGCAAGGCCAUUGAUUGGGACCGCUCGAAUUGUCAUCAACAACCUUUAUAUUAAAGGGGAUCUUCGUCUACUGCCAAUUCUUGAUGGACAAGCAGUUCUAUAUUCAUUUGAAUCUACUCCUGAGGUCAGGAUAGGUGUUGCAUUUGGAAGUGGCGGAAGCCAAUCACUUCCUGCUACAGAAUUACCAGGGGUAUCAAGUUGGCUGGUAAAAGUUUUCACUGAUACUUUAGUCAGGAUGAUGGUUGAGCCCCGGCGUGGAUGUUACUCUUUACCGACAGUAGAUUUAAGGAAGAAAGCUGUUGGAGGUGUGCUUUCAGUUACUGUAGUUUCAGCCAGUAAAUUGGGCAGAAAUAAUGGUUUUAGUCGAGAAACCUCUACAUCAAGUGGCAACAUAAUGGAAAAUGGAGGAAAUAAAAUUCUACAGACAUUUAUAGAAGUAGAGCUUGGAGAUUUGACGAGACGAACUAGCAUUAGUCAAGGUUCAAGCCCUAAAUGGAAUGCUACCUUUAACAUGGUAUUGCAUGGAGAAUCGGGAAUUCUCAAGUUUAAUCUUUAUGAAUGGGAUCCAAGCAGCGUGAAGUAUAAUUACUUGACUAGCUGUGAGAUCAAGAUGAAAUAUGUUUUGGAUGACACUACAACCUUUUGGGCGAUAGGACCCAAUUUUAGUGUAUUGGCGAAGCAAGCCGAAUAUUGUGGUAAAGAAGUUGAAAUGAUUGUGCCAUUUGAAGAAACCAAUGUUGGUGAGUUGACUGUAAAGCUUGUGCUUAAAGAGUGGCAAUAUUCAGAUGACUCAACUAGCCUGAAUAAAGCUUCCAGCAGAACUCAAAAUUCAGUAUAUAAUUCACAGCAUAUACAACUAAAAACAGGAAGGAAACUUAAAGUAACAGUUGCCGAAGGACGGAGCCUAAUGGCAAAAGAUAAAUCAGGAAGAUGUGACCCUUAUGUAAAAGUGCAAUACGGAAAGCUUAUGCACAAAACGAAAACUCUCUCUCAUACUACAAAUCCUGUGUGGAACCACAGGUUUGAUUUUGAUGAAAUAGGAGGUGGAGAGUGUCUCAUGAUCAAAUGCUACAAUGCGGACAUAUUUGGUGAUGAGAAUAUUGGUAGUGCAAGGGUGAAUCUUGAUGGCCUUGUGGAAGGUUCUUGUAAGGAUGUAUGGAUACCCUUGGAGAAGGUAAACUCCGGGGAGUUGAGGCUCCUGAUUGAAGCAUUGAAUAAUGAAGACUUUGAAGUAUCAAGGACAAUAGUCAGUCAAUCUGGAAGUGGUUGGGUUGAACUAGUCCUUAUUGAAGCUAGGGACCUCAUUGCUGCUGAUCUAAGGGGAACUAGCGAUCCUUAUGUAAGGGUGCAGUAUGGUAACACGAAGAAACGAACUAAGGUUGUUCACAAGACAUUGAAUCCCCAAUGGAACCAAAUUUUAGAGUUUCCUGAUACCGGUAAACAGUUGGUUCUUCAUGUGAAAGAUCACAAUGCUCUACUACCAACAUCAAGUAUAGGUGAUUGUGUUGUCGAAUAUGAAUGGUUACCUCCAAAUCAAACAGCCGACAAGUGGAUUCCUCUGCAAGGAGUAAAGAGCGGAGAGAUACAUGUAAAAGUAACAAGAAAAGUGCCGGAGCUGCAGAAGAACACGAGCUUGGAUACAGAUAUAUCAAAAACCUUAAGCAAAGCGAAUAAAAUAUCUGGCCAGGUCAGGGAACUUCUUAAGAAACUUCAUGGAUUGAUCGAGGAUGGAGAUUACGAGAACUUAUCACUAGCUCUAAGUGAGGUAGAGAACAUCGAAGACGGGCAAGUUGAGUAUAUGUUGCAGCUUGAGAAGGAGAAGACACUCUUGCUUGACAAAAUCGGCGAGCUUGGCCGGGAAAUAAGUCGAACAUCAUCAACACCUAGUAAGAUGCCAUAUUGAGUCUCACGUUUGCCGCAAAGUAGAUAUAAAAGAAUCGAAAAUACGAGUUUGUAUGUAUUCUUUUCUUCUGAAUAGUUUGUAUGUAAUCCUUUUUCAUUGUUUUGAGUCUCUCUUCUGAUUCCUGGUCUCAAAUAUUAAUUUAUACUAAUCAUAUGAAAAUUAUUAUACAAAUGUACCAUUAUGAAUGAAA